AUGAAUUUACUGAAUAAUGAACCUGACCCUUGGGCUGACGAGUUCAAUAAAAGAACUGAAGAAAAUAAGGAAAAUAAUAAAACAACAUACACCGAGUUACCUAACACUAAUGACACCACUGAUUCUCGCAUGUCAUUUAGCACUUGGAACAAUAACAACGUGGAUGAAUUAGUUUCCACCAACUCAGACACACACAUUGGGUCCGUGUGGGGGAAUAAUACUAUUGCCACCAUCACAAAUAAUAACAAUAAUAAUAUUAGCCCGCUAACUGAUGCCUUUGAGGAUAACUUAUCAAAUAACACCAAAAUCACAGCACUUACUUUUACUAAUGCUUUAGAUAAUCCACUAUCUUCACCACAAAUUAUGCAUGCUAAAAACAGAAAUGGUAUUUUGGGAGGUCCACUUGUCCAAAAUGACUAUGAAGAGGAAGAAUUGGAUACAGAUGAUGAGCUUUGGUUCCAGAACGCAAGAAAAACUUUUAAUAGUUUAGAGCGUGAUUUAGUGGAAAUCGAAGAAUUGCCGGAGCGAGAGGGAUUAUUAUUCAAACAUACUAAUUACCUAAUACGCCCUUUGAUUGUAUUACCUAACCCAGUGGUAACUCUCCCCAACGAUUCAAGCAAAAAAGUUGUUCGUCGCUAUUCAGAUUUUGUUUGGCUACAAGAAGUUUUAUUAAAAAAAUAUCCAUUCAGACUAAUACCCGAAUUGCCCCCCAAAAUGAUUGGUUCGCAAAAUAAGGAUCCAAUUUUCUUGGAAAGAAGGAGGUUAGGUUUGUCGAGAUUUACCAAUUUAAUCAUGAAACAUCCGGUGCUAAAAAAUGACGAUCUAGUUUUGACCUUUUUAACAGUCCCUACUGACUUAUCCACCUGGAGGAAACAAGCUAUUUAUGAUACCACUGAAGAGUUUUCUGACAAAAAAAUAGACAAAAAAUUUGUCAAGAUGUGGAAAAAUGAAUAUUCUGAAAUUUGGAAUUCAUUAAGAGAUAAUUUAGAUACAUCGUUGGAAUAUUGGACCAAAAUAACCAUACUAAUAGAAAGAUACGAGAAGAGAAUGAAGGCUGCUGCAAUGGAAAGGUAUCAAUUGAAACAUUAUUUAGAUAAAUUCACUAAAGAAUGCACUUCCAAAUUGUAUCCAUUAGACAAAGAUACUACGGUGGCAGAUAUUAACACACACUUUGAAAUGAUAGAAGCUCAUUUGGAUACAUGUGUGGACUUGACUUUAAAAGAAAAUAAAGAAGUGAAGAAAACUUUAAGUGAAAAAUUUAAAACUUAUAUCGAAAUUCUAUUUGCAUUAAAGGGGUUAUUCGAAAGAUAUGAAAUGAUGGCAGGCAGUACUGUUCCGCAAUUACAAAGAAGAAUUGAAUUAAAUGCAGAAAAACUAGAGUCUAUGAGAGGGAAGCCAGAUUUGAGGGGUGCUGUUUACGACAAAUUAGAGGCUAGUAUUAAACAGGACAGAAAAAGUAUACAAGAACAACUUAACAGGUCGUGGUUAAUUAAGGAAUGUAUUUUACAGGAAUUUGCUAUAUUCCAUGAAACUCAGUUUUUAGUGACCAAUAUGUUCCGUGAAUGGGCUGCUUUGCAGGGUAAAUAUAUGGAUUUAAAUUCUAAUGCAUGGGAUAAAUUACAAAAUAAUUUAGAAAACAUGCCGCUAAGUAGGUGA